AUGACGUUGACGAGAUAUCAAAGGGGGGAUGCUAUAGAAGGAUGGAAUGACUGUCCGACGCCCCUAUCACUCUCCGAGAACAGCUCACAAGUCUCUUUAUCAGGUGACGAAGCGCGACAGAAACGUCAAGACAUAUUAGUCCAACUAGGUAAAGUGUUUGAUCUCCCGUUGUCACUACCAGAGAGGGAACUAACGCAUUAUAAAGGGAAAUUGCUGAUCCAGAUUCAAGUUGUCAGUGAACAACAUUUACCAUUUAUUGAAUCAGUAUUCAACGAAAUACUAGCUGGUGAGGCAGACUCUUCUAAAUUGAAGUCAGAAGUUGUUGAUUACAUGAUGAACCAUGACGCAGUCAGUGCGUGGUGUUCGCCUUUGAAAAAGAUUGUUUCUAGUAUACCCAAGGUCUAG